AAAGCCAAGCGAGCGAGCUCUCCGAGGCUUCGCAGAUCUUUUGUCCGGAGCGACAGCAACAAGGGCCGUUCAUCGCGGCGGAUCGCUUCCCAGCCGAGCCUCAAGGAGCUGUCGGGUGGACCCAUUUUUCGGCCAGGGACAAUCGAGGGAUCCCUACGCCCCCCAAACCAAGAAGACUCCUGGAAAAAAUAAAAUAAAGGGGGGGGUCUCUCCACCGCGCGCAUCUGGACAGCUGUGUUGUACCCAACACCCAACUGGUGGGAUGGGUUGCGCAUAACACAACAGCCUUUAAGGUGGACUUGCUCUUAAGGUGGUCUUUUUUAAAAAUAUUUUUUUUAAAAAAAAAAAAAUCGCGUUGUUUUUUUAAGGUGGACUUUUUUUUUUAAGGUGGAUUUUGCCCCUCAAGGUCAUGUUGGAUGUUCUUCUACGCGCGUCUUGCAUCAGCCUUUUCUUUAAAAGGUUGUGGGAACUUUAAACUUUGGAGACUGGGGCCAUCUGCUAAACGAGACGCUCCGCCCUCGCCGGGACGAGAUCGGGGCAUUAUUAGGGUUUUGGAACCGGUUUUAAGUUGAGCUCUGUCUACUCCUUCUUUUUUUUUAAUUCCCCACUUUUUUAUUGCUCCAAAACCAUCGUAGUCAUGGGGAAAAUUCGGUAGCCGGAGCUCGAUCGCCCUUAGUUCCCCCCCUUUCCAACCCCCCCUGUAACAAUGACUAAAUCCCGGCCUUUUUUCAGUAAAAGUCAGCCGAUGGCAGAAGAGGAGGUGGGGGUUCAAAUCCAGCAACUGAGCUGCCGAGAGUUGGACAGGAGAGAAGCUUUACUUUUCCAAGUUUCUAGUUCCUCUUGAUCUUGAAGGAGAGGGAGGGGAGUACCUUUUAAAACGUUGUUUUAAAACAAACAAAGCGAGAGAGAGAGGAGGGGGGAUUUUUGGAGGCCUUCGGUUUCUUACUCCUCCAUCUCUCCCCUUUCAUCUAUAUACAUAUUUUUUGUUGUUACUAUCAAGCUCCUCCUAGCAUUCAAACUGGAGAGCCCCAGGACGAAAAUCAUGGAAACCGUCGGAAAAUUUGAGUUCAGCAGGAAGGACUUGAUCGGGCAUGGGGCUUUUGCGGUCGUCUUCAAAGGGAGGCACAAAGAGAAACCUGAAGUGGAGGUCGCAAUAAAAUGCAUCAACAAGAAAAACUUGGCAAAAUCCCAGACUCUCUUGGGAAAAGAAAUCAAGAUCCUCAAGGAACUGAAACAUGAAAACAUAGUUGCCUUGUACGACUUCCAGGAAAUGGCCAACUCCGUUUACUUGGUUAUGGAGUACUGCAAUGGGGGUGACCUGGCGGAUUACUUGCACAGUAUGCGGACACUCAGUGAAGAUACAAUCCGGCUCUUUCUCCAGCAAAUUGCUGGGGCCAUGAAAGUGCUGCAUAGCAAAGGGAUAAUCCACCGGGAUCUGAAACCUCAGAAUAUUCUCCUGUCUUUCGCGGGAGGCAAGAAAUCAAACCCCAAUAAUAUCCGCAUCAAGAUUGCUGAUUUUGGAUUUGCCCGAUACCUGCAGAACAAUAUGAUGGCGGCAACGCUCUGUGGCUCCCCUAUGUACAUGGCCCCGGAAGUUAUUAUGUCCCAACACUACGACGCCAAAGCUGACCUGUGGAGUAUUGGAACCAUCAUUUACCAGUGUCUAACAGGAAAAGCACCUUUCCAGGCAAGCAGUCCGCAAGACCUCCGUCUCUUCUAUGAGAAAAACAAGACACUAAUGCCCAACAUCCCAAGGGAGACUUCGGCCCACUUGAGGCAACUUCUGCUAGGACUCUUGCGACGGAAUCACAAGGACCGCAUGGACUUCGAUGAAUUUUUCCAUCACCCUUUCUUGGAUGCAAGUGCCUCUAUGAAAAAAUCUGCUUCUGUGCCAAUGCCUUCUUAUCCCAGCUCUGGCUCUGGGAGUUCAUCCAGUAGCUCUUCUACAUCCCAUCUUGCAUCUCCUCCAUCCCUCGGAGAGAUGCCGCAUCUCCAGGAGAAGGCUUUGGCCUCUCCUACCCAGGGUUCUCCUGGCUUCCUGCAUGGGUCCAAGGAGUCGGCCGGCAGCAGCAGCAAGAAUUCCUCCUGCGACACCGACGACUUCGUUAUGGUGCCAGCCCAGUUUUCAAGUGAUAUAGUUGUGGAGGCUGCAGGAGGAAAAACGAUCCAGGACAGCUUGAUGUGUAGCGGCAGCUCGCUGGUGGCUUCAGCAGGCUUGGAAAGCCAAGGAAGGACCCCGUCCCCUUCACCUCCUUACAGCAGUUCUCCGAGUUCCUGCGGUCGGCCCGGCCAGCUGACAUCAAGCAGCAAAUACGGACAAUCGGUCCCCAUCCCUGUCCCCACCCAGAUCCACAACUACCGGCGGAUUGAGCAGAACCUUCAGUCUCCGAAUCAAUACACUUCACCGCGGUCUGGGAUGGUGAGGAGAUCGAGUAGUACAAGCCCGCUUGGCUCCCUGAAGGCCAGCCCUUCCCCUCCUUUCGCUGCUGGAGAACACGGAGCCUCCCGAAGAUUCUCUUUCGGCGGUGCAAAGCCUUAUACGCCGUCGCCCCAAGUUGGAACGAUUCCGGAACAGCCUGACAAGAGUGUUAGCCCUUCUCCUCCUCUCGGAGCAGAGAUGAGAAGCCGGGUGCCCAUAGCUGGUGUCUCAGUGCCUGACUCUUCCCUGCGAGGGAUGGGCUCCCGUCUCCACAGCGCUCCCAACCUGUCCGAUUUGCAUUCCUGCCGGCAGAAGAUUACCAAGCAGUACUCGGAUCCCUUGGUUCCCCAUUUCAGCCACGCCCCGGCCGGCCCAGCCACGCAGGCGCACGGCCUGCCACCUUGCCGCCCGCCGAGGUCUUCACCAAAGCUCUCUGAAUUCAUCCAGCGGAGCCCUUUGCCAACUAUUAUGGGCUCUCCGACAAAGGUUAUGUCUCCUUUUGAGUUCAACAAAACCCCGAGUUCCCAAAACCUGCUCACCCUCCUGGCCCAUCAGGGCGUCAUGAUAGCCCCGACGAGGAACAAGACUCUGCCGGACUUGAAGGACGUGGGCCAUUUCCAUUGCCAGCAGGCAGGGCUAGGCCUGAGGCCUAUGGAGGAAGCCAAGGGCAGGUCGCUCAGCACCGGCCGCCUCACUGAUCUCCUCCUGAAGGCUGCUUUCGGGGACACCGGCAGCAACGACAGCUUGAACAACGAGAAGCCCAUGGAGAUCGCAGCUCCUGCUGCUGCCUGUGGAGGAAACCUCCAUGCGGGGGGCAGGGAUCGGGGCUCAGCCAGCCCCUCUCCGGUGGUCUUUACGGUUGGAUCCCCUCCCAGCGGGACGACACCGCCACAAACCACCAGGACCAGACUGUUUUCGGUGGGAUCUUCUAGCUCCCUAAGUUCUGGAGGAUCUUUUAGUGGGCGGCACUUUAUCAUGGGCGCUGGCGGGGAUGUCCACGAAGCUCCACUGGGUCUCAGAUAUACUUUUGCCGAUCCCAUCGCUGCCAACCUGGAAGGAGCAGUUACCUUCGAGGCCCCUGAGCUACCAGAGGAGACACUGAUGGAACAAGAGCACACCGACAUCCUGCGCAGCUUGCGGUUCACCCUGGCCUUUGUCCACUACGUGAUGGAGAUCGCCGCCAUCAAAGGCAGCGCCAGCGAGAUGAGCAGUUCCGUGGCCUCUGAGUACCAGCUCCAGGAGAGCGUCGUGGCCGACCAGAUCAGCCUGCUCAGCAAGGAGUGGAGCUACGCAGAACAGCUGGUGCUGUAUCUGAAGGUGGCAGAGUUGCUGUCUUCCAGCCUGCAGAUGGCUAUAGAGCAGAUCCGGGCAGGCAAGCUGUGCCUCUCCUCCACCGUCAAGCAAAUUGUGAAGAAGCUCAACGACCUGUACAAAUCCAGCGUGUCCUCUUGCCACUGCCUGAACAUGAGGCUGCAGAGGUGGUUCUUGGAUAAGCAGAAGCUGAUGGACCGCAUCAACAGCAUCACGGCCGAGAAGCUCAUCUUCAGCCACGCCGUGCAAAUGGUUCAGGCUGCAGCGCUGGACGAGAUGUUCCAUCACCGAGAGGACUGUGUGCAAAGGUACCACAAGGCAUUGCUGUUGAUGGAGGGACUCUUGAACAUCAUCACUGAGCAAGGGGACGUCGAGAACAUUAAUAAAUGUAAAAUGUGUAUCGAGCGCAGGCUUUCGGCCUUGCUGUCCGGGCUCUGUGCGUGAUGAAAAGCCUGCCCUGCAGGUGGGUCCCCCUUCCGUCUCUCCAACGCCUGCCACCGAGAAGGCGAAUCUUACUUGAGCGGGCCUCGCGGCGACAGAUUUCUCGGACGGCUGCGAUGGUUCGGCAUGGGUUCGAGGAGACCUUCCCCCGGUUUGGAUGUCCACUCUGCCCUCUUUUCCUCUUCAGGGACAGCAGCAGGAAGGGUUGCCAGUCCCUUUGCUGCAAUACAAACUGGGCGGAAAGGUAGAUCAUGGAUGCAGGAGGCCUGCCCUUGACCUCCCCGGAUAAAACUUCCUUCGUGCCCGUUUUUGGAGGCGAGGAGGACCGUCGAGCCGGCGUUGCCCCGAGAGUUGGAGGCGCCAUCGUUCCCUGCUGGCGGUGGAUCGACCGAGCGCUUCCGCUCUCAGAACGAAGCAGUUUCAUCCCGAAGGGGAAGCUGUUGGUUAGGACGAAUGUCAUUCUGCAAUCUAGGCCAGUCACGUCUUUGACCCCGUUUGCCCGAUCGCCAAUCACUCAGGAGCUUUCUGGAGCACUGCCCCCCCUUUUUUUUCCCCCCUCCACAUCUGCCUGUGCCUCUCAUCGCUCACUGCAUGGGAAGUAGAGCAGCGAUUCUACAGCACCUGGGGGUGCCCCCACUCACCUUGGCUUGAGCAGGUGUCCGUCCAUCCAUUGCCGGUUUUGAAAUCUGACUUCGGGGAACCUCACCUGCGCGUCAGACAACAGUGGGAGGAUGUGGGGCAGGGCGGGGAGAGGCCCUUUGUUUACUGUGUGGACACGGACAGAACCAUAGAAGAACUUUCUUUUUUUUAAAAAAAAAAAGUCUUUUCUCUAAAAGCGAAUCGGAGGAGUAAAAAAGCGACUCGGACCUUUAUCGCAUCGGUCUCAAGAAGCCAAAAUCUUCUAGAUAGAAUAUUUUCUACACCCCAAGGGAGGGGGGUCAUUCGUUGGAUGCAUGGAUAUAGCCCACUCUUGAGAAAGCAUCUGUGCUGUUUUGGGCUGAUGACCAGAUUAAAUCAUCCCUUUGCCCUGUGUUUCUCCUCCCGAUACACACACACACACACACACACACACACACUGGAGGGACAGGAAAUAAAAAAGAACACACACACACACACAAGCUUUGUGAAACAAAAGGAGCACUUUAUGGACGAUUUGAACUUGAACUUUGGGACACUGAGCUUACCACAGUGUUCCAGAAAUGUCAUAAUUUAUAGGAAUGCUGUUUCCCCCCCACCUUCCACCACCACCCCGGUUUGCUGAUAUGUCGUUAUUUGUUCGUUUGGUUGUUGGGUGGUUGUUUUCCUCUCUUCUUCUUCUUUUUUUUUAAAAAAAAUUGCACUACGAGUGUGUAUGUGUGUUUGCGCAUAUAUAUUAAUAUAUAUUACCAGAGUUAAUAUGUAUUAAUAUGUAGACGAGAUAAUGUAUAGUGUAAUGGUAUGUGUUUUUAACUGUACUGUAUCUUAUGCUUGUGAGGAAGGGGGGGGAAGUAACAAUCACACAGUCCGUGUUCUCUCCGUGACAAGCGGGGCUGACUUGAACAUGUUCAGUCCCCAAAUUAUUUGAUUUACCUUUUACUGUUCUCCCCCCCCCCCUUUCUUUCUUUUAUAAUGGGCACACCACUCGUGCUUUCUAAAAGCCCAAGGACAAGGUCCUGUAUGCUUACAAGUGAUACAUUUGGGUUUCCCCUCCUUUCUUUCCUGUUUUAUGUAUAUUAUAUAAAACAACCCCAUUUUCAGCUGUUCCUUUUACCUUUUCGACUCCCUCCCCAGCCAUAUUUUUAAAGCAACUGAGUAGCCAAAAAGAAAGGAGGCGCGUUUAGGGUUGUGUUUUUUUGUGGGUGUGCGUUUGAGCUCAGGGCAUUGCAGCUCCGGACAAAUGUGCAAGAGACAGACCCCCGAGGGCUAUCUUUCUGUGGUGAGUUUUGUGCGUGUGUGCGCGCAUGGGUUGUUUUGCGUGUGUGUGUUUUGUAUAGAAUGGAUCCAAUUUACAGCAGUAUUUUGUCUGUGUUAGGCUAGAAAAGCACCCUUGGCAAACAAAUCCUGGCUUUUCAGGAUUAGGUGUGUUUUGAUUUUAGAAGAGUGGGUCAGAUAUAUUUAUUUGCACACAGUGAGUUGAGACGUCAUCACUUAUUUUCCGGCGUGUUUGUGUGUGCUUCUCCUCCCACCCCCCCUUUCAAAAAUAUGCAAGGAACAAUCUUACCGACUUGGAAACCAGCUUCACGGCUUCUGGCAAGAGGCCUUCUGGCGCCAGAAAAAGAAAUACAUUGAAAUCUCCACAACACCCCGUGGGACCGGCACAUUUGAUGCAAUCCUUCCCUUGCGCCAGCUCUGUUUGAGUAUUAUCUCUGCGUCUCCUGCCUCAUCCGUUCACGGCCUGCUUCGGUGGCAACUCUGCCGUGCCUCAGCCAUGUACAAAGAAGAGAGAUUCUCUGGCCUUUGAAAUGUCUACGGAGUGUAACAAUGCUUCCUGCAGGAGUGCCAGUCGUGGUGGUGGCAGGAAUGUUCUGAUGUUGUAUGAGAGCUCUGGGGAAAUGCCGGACUGGGUUCACACUAGCUGACUAUGUUGUAUGGAACGGCUGCUAUGGUAGUAGGAUUCACAAUGCAUUGGCGGUACAUUGGAUUGGAUUGGCACUGACGGCCUACGACCAAUACGGGACUUGAGGAAGGAAAGAGAACCAGUAGAUAAAUGCAGAAGCCUACUAGCAACUUGUGAUCCUCCAGAUCUAUCUUUUGGCCUUCCAUCUUCUAUUGGCUCUAGCCAGCAUGGCCAAUUGUAGUCCAAAACAUCUAGAAGGUCACAAAUUGCCCACCACGUCAUUACAAUGUUUCCACUGUAGCCCCUAUUUUUAACAUUCAGAUAUUCUCCAGGUCCUUGUAUUUUCCCCCUUCUCUUUGCUGAUGCCACAUUUUCAUGCAAAACCUACUAGGUUUUUCAUGCAAAACCUAGGCUGCUAGACCCCAUAUUGGAAAUUUCAAGUGCCCACCCCCGUCCCGUCCUUUCUGUCCCUUGGUUGAUUGCAUGAGCUUUAAGCAAUUAAUUUGAAUUUACAUCAGUUUGCAUGUGAGUCAACACAACCGUUUGGAAGGAAAACGCACCUUUUUAAAAAGUGUGCAUGUGUGUGUCGAAACGGACGCCAUCUUCGGAAAGGCCUUCUCCCCCUUGCGAAAGAGGAGGGGAUUACCUCUUCAAAGAAAGAUGGCACUUGCCAUCAAAGCUUCUAAGAAGUGCUUGAGAAAAUCAUGACCCAAACGUUGCCCAGUGAAUUGAGGGCGCCGUUUCUAUUCAGUCAAAAGGUUUUCAAAGCCAUGAGUCUCGGUGAUGGGUUGUCUGAAACCUGCCACCCUAAUUCCCUCACACACACACACACACACGCCUUCUAGCCAGAUCUUCAAUAGCCCUGCGUUUUGUUCAGUUGGACGUCUGCACUGAUAGCAAGCACAGGAGACAAGAGACUGCUAGUCUAAACAGAACCGAACAUGUGAACCUGAGAGAAAGAAAUGAACUUACUCCUCGGGGGGUACAUGUGGACUCAGCAAGGUCAGGCGCCAUCAUAUGCCAUCCUCGGGCAGUUGCUAUGGCUCUAAAAGGACCCACCAUCAAAGCCUGUUUGAGUCCUCAUUAAUUCCUGCUCCCUGCCAGCACUCCCAAUAUUGGGUGGAUGGGUCCCAGUGGGGGCUGACUUUCUACGUCUCCCACAAUGCCCUGGAGUGACAUGUUGGAAGCAUUGUGGGAAAUUAAAAUGGCGCCUAGCGCCGAUCGGAAUGUUGUUGCCACCGCCAUGUGACUUCAUCCACACAAUGAGGUACCCCGUUGAUGUAGGUGAAGACCUAUCAGAGAACACUUGGUCAAGAGCAACUGGAGGCGUCCCUGAACAGAGCCUGCAUCACAAUCAAACUCGCGGCUGAUAUCCCUGGUAGCUUUUCCCCCGGAGGUUUGCUUCCUAAAUCAACAGCAUGGCCUUCUCCCCACCCCGCCCCAUCACUUUAAGGAUAUGGCAUUUUGAAGCCACGCCUUGAGCAGAAGUGUGUCACUGUCCUGGCUCCGGAUUCACGUUCCAGCUGUACUUAGUUACUUGAAUGUAUCAAAGUUGUCCGCAUUCACCCUCGUCAUUGCUACAAAAAAGAAAAGAAAAACAAGAAUAUAUGGUUUACAGAACUUCAACCUAUAUAUAUAUAUAUAUAUAUAUGUGUGUGUGUGUGUAUAUAUAUAUAUAUUUCUCAAUACUUGAAAUUUAGCCACUGUGCUUGGAUUAAAAAAUAAUAGAGAGGCAAGUCGUAUUUGCCACCAAGUUGGCAAUUUUUAUAUUCCCCCCACACCCCCAGUCUAACCGCAUGUAGCAUGAAACAUUGUUGGGUUUUGUUUUGUUGGGAAACCAGUAUAUUUAUUGCUUUGUAAAGUAAACAAUAGACAAGUUUAAAGGAAAAAAGAACAUUCAAGCGGAAGUGGCUAUUCUAGUCUAUUCACGAUUGUUCAAUGGAUUUGUUACUGUUCCAGCGUUUUUGUAUGUAGCGUCUUAAACUAGAUUUCAAGAAACCUCUAGCUAAUAACGUGAAUGUUCACGGUUGUGUGAGAGAGUGUGCUGUGUUGGUCUCCACAUGGUUAUGCUUGAUAAUUUUGCCUUUUUUUUAAAAAAAAAAAUGUGUCAUGUGACUUUUUGUUUUGUUCUGUUCUGUUCUUGCUUUAAAUUGUAUAACGCCGACUUAAGAAAAUAAAUUGAUUUCUAAUUGUUGUUUCUUCAUA